CUAUGCAACCCUCCCUUUCUAUUAGCGGCGCCACGUUUUGUGAUGUGUGAUUACGUCACAUCCGGCGGCACACCCGGAAGCGACGCGCUGGCCGGUUGCUAUGCGGCGGGGUGGCGGAACGGUUGGAGGAGGGGAAGAACAAUGGCUUUGAGAAUGGUUGUUCCUUGUCGGUUGGAUGUGACUGGCUGAUUCUGGAGCACCGACUGCUUCCCAUCUGCUGGUCCUCCCAAAAUGGGAAGGAUCGGCGUUUCUUGUUUGCUUCCCGCCUCUUGGCACUUCAGCAUCUCUCCAAUAGGAUGUCCACGUAUUUUCAACACGACUUUGCGGCAGAUCGUGGUGAUUGGAAUCCUUGCUGCUGCUGUCUCUUUGCUUUAUUACUCGCUGGUAGUCAUCCGUAAUAAGUAUGGCCGUGCAUCCAGGGACAAGAGAUUUCACAGGUAUCUUGCUCGGGUAACAGACACUGAAGCUACAGAUACAAACAACCCCAAUCUGAACUAUGGGAUCGUUGUGGACUGUGGUAGCAGUGGCUCUCGGAUCUUUGUGUAUUGUUGGCCAAGACACAACGGUAACCCACACGACCUGCUGGAUAUAAAACAGAUGAGGGACAAAAACAGAAAACCAGUGGUUAUGAAAAUCAAACCAGGUAUCUCAGAGUUUGCUAACACACCCGAGAAGGUCAGUGAUUACAUUUUCCCACUUCUACACUUUGCUGCUGAACAUGUGCCCCGUGCAAAGCACAAAGAGACUCCUCUUUAUAUUCUGUGCACUGCAGGAAUGCGGAUUCUACCCGAAAGCCAGCAGAAGGCAAUACUCGAAGAUUUGGUCACUGAUAUCCCAGUGCAUUUUGACUUUCUGUUUUCAGACUCGCAUGCAGAAGUUAUUUCAGGGAAACAGGAAGGAGUGUAUGCAUGGAUUGGCAUCAACUUCGUUCUUGGAAGAUUUGAGCAUACAGAUGAUGAGGAUGAAGCAGUUGUGGAGGUGCACAUCCCAGGCAGUGAAAACAAAGAAGCUAUCUUCCGUAAGAGGACAGUGGGUAUUCUUGACAUGGGUGGAGUGUCGACUCAGAUAGCAUACGAAGUCCCUAAAACUGUAAGCUUUGCCUCUUCGCAGCAGGAGGAAGUUGCCAAAAACUUGCUUGCAGAAUUCAACCUGGGCUGUGAUGCUCAUCAAACUGAGCAUGUGUAUAGAGUCUACGUUGCAACGUUCCUUGGCUUUGGAGGGAAUGCAGCACGUCAGAGAUAUGAGAACAGUGUGUUUUCCAGUACAGUGCUCAAAAAUGGGCUGCUGGGCAGACAGACUGGCAUGACUUCAGAUUCCCCAUACCUCGAUCCCUGCCUGCCUGUAGAUGCUCAGGAUGAGAUCCAUCAGAAUGGACAGAUAAUGUAUUUAAGGGGAACAGGAGACUUCAAUCUGUGCCGUGAGCUUAUCCAGCCCUUCAUGAAUAAGACCAAUGAAACUCAGACCUCCCUUAAUGGUGUCUACCAGCCUGCUGUGCACUUUCAGAACAGUGAAUUCUAUGGUUUCUCCGAGUUCUAUUACAGCACUGAGGACGUGUUGCGCAUGGGAGGGGAUUACAAUGCUGCUAAAUUUAUCAAAGCUGCAAAGGAUUAUUGUGCCACUAAGUGGUCUGUCCUACGGGAACGUUUUGACCGUGGUCUUUAUGCAUCACAUGCUGAUCUCCACAGACUGAAGUACCAGUGUUUCAAGUCUGCCUGGGUAUACGAAGUAUUUCACAGUGGCUUCUCUUUUCCUGCAAGCUACAGCAAUUUGAAAACAGCUCUGCAGGUGUAUGACAAGGAGGUGCAAUGGACACUGGGAGCCAUUCUGUACCGAACACGGUUUUUACCUUUAAGAGACAUCCAGCAAGAAAACUUCCGUGGAAGUCACUCCCACUGGAGGAGCUUCUCCUUUGUUUACAAUCACUACUUGUUUUUUGUCUGUUUUCUGAUUGUGCUGCUCUCCAUCCUGCUUUACCUGCUGAGGCUCAGGCGGAUCCACAGGCGAAUGCUAUGGAACAGCUCAUCUCCUUCCCUCUGGAUGGAGGAGGGCCUCCCACCACAGAAGAUCUCUGCAGCCUUAUGAGAGGCUGUGAUGGAGAGCGACUCUUGGACUUCCUACACAAAAAGCCAUUUUUGCCUCAGGGUUUUCUCUUUUUCUUUUCUCCCUUUGAGUCAUUGAGGAAGCAGAUUGCCCGCAGUGUGGGAUUCAGGCUUGGUUAUGGAAAUACAGGGAAGUGAAUUCGGUUUGUUUUAGUCUCAUGAAAUAAUAUCUGCCAAAAAUUCCUUAUUUUUUUAAUUAAUGCACUUUGGUGUGUAAUGGGGCGAGGAAAGCCUGUCAGUAAGCAUGUAGCAGCAGCUUAAGCUACGUAUGGUAAAAGAGAGAGUGUGAAUUCUCAUCCUGUGGGUGAGACUGUGAAAUUCUGUUAGUUGGGAUGAAUGAGUUUUAUUUGCUUUUCCAGAUUCCAGGACUCGUAUUGCUGGGUUUCUCAAUGCUGAGUCUCCUCAGUCAAUGGAAAGGAAGUGCAGGGUUUUCAAAAGCAACAAGAAAACAAUCUCUUAGAUCAGCUUUUCCAAUGUUAUAUUCUAUAAUAAGUACUGUGAUGGAGUAGGAAAAACCUCUUGCACUCAAUGCUGUGCUUCCAUAAGCUGCUCUACAGCUGUUUUAUAUACGGUGGUCUCCCCUUUUAUCUUGGAAGCUGUAUCUGCAUAGUGGCACAGGUCACCACUUUUUAAUCCUUUCUUUCUCUUUUGUAGUCAUCCAGAGACUGCCCUGAAACUCCAGUAUGAUGGAAAGAACUGGAACAUGCCUAAGCUUUCGUUUCUGCUAGAUUAGACCUGCACAAUGUCUCUUAUUUUGGUUUUUAAGUCCUCUGAAUUGUUAAUUUAUAUUUUAUUUAAAGCUGUUAAUUUUACUUGAAAGUAAAUUUGUCCAUGAUUAAAAGUGGGAUUUAUACGA